AUGUCCAAACUUUUUGUUCACGGCCUGUCAUGGCACACUAAUGAUGACACUCUUCGCGAGGGUUUCCAGCAAUUUGGCGAGAUCCAGGAAGCUAUUGUGGUCAAGGACCGUGCCACGCUCCGUAGUCGCGGAUUUGGGUUCGUGCGAUUUGCAACUGAUGCCGAGGCCGAUGCUGCCAUGAAUGCGAUGAACAACCAGGAAUUUGAUGGACGUGUCAUUCGUGUUGACAAAGCAUUUGACCGUCCCAGUCGCCCUGACGGUGGCUUCCAAGGCCGUGGUGGAUACAACCAGCAACCUCAAAGUGGAUAUCAGGGCGGUGGUGGCGGUGGCUACGGCGGCGGAGGCGGCAGCGGUGGAUACAACCGUGGAGGAUAUGGCUAUAACAACUAUGGCAAUGGAGGCGGCGCUGGCGCCGGCGGCGGAGGCUAUGGCGGAGGUGGUGCUGGUGCUGGUGCUGGUUAUGGCGGCGGCUAUGGUGGUGGUACGAACGCUGGCUAUGGCGGCGGUGGUGGCUGGCGAAACAACAACCAACCUCCGGCCCCAUCUGAAGGCAACUAA